AUGGCGUCCGCGACAGCCACGGCCGACCCGCUGCUCUUCCUCCGACAGUCGAUUGCAGCGGGCACGGCGGUCGUACCGACGACGACAGACACAGCCGACGCGACCGAGACGCCGCUGCCACAGGCCAAAUUCCUCCAGUUUGCGGGCGAGGGCGGCCAGCGGAGCACGGCGCUGCCGGUGGAUGCGCCGACGCGGUUCCUGUCUAGUGACGCGCCGGUCGACCUGCGAUCCAUCUACUUUGCCUGGCUCAAUCGCGAGGUGGCCAUUCCCGACUACAAUGCGGCCGCGACGCGUCUGAACGAGGAGCUGGCCGCGGCCGGCUCGUCUGCCACGGUCCACAAGUUUGCCUUUGUCGAGCGUCUCGACCUCAUCACCUGGCUCGAGGGUGCCAGCGAGGAGAGCGAGUACAUCCAGUCAGCCGGCGGCGACAAGGCCGGCGGCGUUGCGGGGACCGGCGUGUCCGGCGCCAAGGCUGCCACCGGUGCCGCCGUCCCUUCUGCCCGGUCAGGACGCGGCAUCAUCCUUGAUCCGCGCCUGGCUGUCAUCUACGGCGGCGAGCGGCGUAUGGGUGACCAUAACACAGCCCUUCGCGGUAUCAAGCCGACGGACUUCUCACAUGUCCGCAAGCUGGCCGUACCUUUCAUGCCCAAGAGACAGCAGCAGGCGGUGGCAGCAGCGGCGGCGUCUGCCGACAAGAAGUCGGUCAUUCCGACCGCGCUGCCACUCAACCCUAAGUCGGGAGCGGUGCGGCGGCCGGACCCGAUCAUACUGCUGUCGCCGUCGGCAUCGAGCCUGCUGCGCAUGUCCAACAUCAAGGUGUUCCUGGAGACGGGUCACUACGUGCCGCCAGAUAACAGCUCGACGGCCACGAUGCUGCACCUGAUGCGCACGAUGAAGGAGGUUGACCCGGCGCGGCCGCUGCGGUUCAUCCUCGUCGAAGGCCCGGAGCACUUCAAGCCCGAAUACUGGAACCGGGUGGUGGCCGUGUUCACGACCGGACAGGCGUGGCAGUUCAAGAACUACAAGUGGAACAAUCCGGCCGAGCUGUUCAAGCACGUCCUGGGCGUGUACGUGGGCUGGCGCGGCGAGGUCCCGCCGCCAGGAGUGCGCGAUUGGGGCCACCGGGUGCUCUCGUGCGCCGUGGACAAGUGGACAGGGCCCGUGGUACCGGGUGCCGAGACACACCGCUGGCGGGACCGGGAGGUGGCCGAGAGCAUCUGGAAGGCGAUUGAGGGCGCCAUGCUGCAAAAAGGCUGGAAACGGGAUUCCGGCGCGACACUGGCGUGA